CUCCGGGCAUGAUCAGUGUCGUCCAUCGCUCCUCCGCACGCACACAGGACUUGCCCGCUGCUGCCGCUUGACACAAUGGCCCGAUUUGCUGUGCUUCUCUUGAUCGUGCUCGCUUUCGAUUUUGCCCGAUCGAGCGAUCUGGUGGAGCUGACGUGCGAAACCGACCAGGACUGUGAGCCGUUUCGCAGCGCGACUGUUAACUCCACGUGCAUCGAGGAGCACUGCCGGUGCACUGACCUGUCCCAGAACGGCAAUGCCACCGAGUGCCGGCCGCUGGUUAACCGAGUGUCGAACCACAUCGGUGGUCAAUGUCCGUGCCAGGUAGCGAAUUCGUUCUGCCACGAGCAAACGCGCCGGUGCAUCUGCAAGGACGGGUUUCUCCCGAGCCGGGAGGACAGGAAGUGCGUCUACAAAUCGGUACAGCUGGGUGGCGAGUGCGAGAAUAACGAGCAGUGCUCGAACCACGACCACUUUGCCGACUGCCGGGAACAGGUUUGCCAGUGUCAGGAACACUUUGUGCUUCACGAGGGAGCCUGCCGCUCAAUCAUAGCGGUUGCUAACCUCACGAAGCCUUGCGCAGCGGAUGACGAGUGUGCGAACGGGACGGCCAACUCGGUGUGCCACGCCGGGCAAUGCCUGUGCGGCGUCGACUUUGUGGCAGAUGCGACCAACAGUAGCUGCCUGGCGGUGGCCGCACUCGAUCAACCUUGCACCGACACGAACCAGUGCAUUGCCUCGCUCGGGGUCGGCUCGAUCUGCUAUCGGGAGCGAUGCGGCUGCGAUAGCAAUCACUUCCAGUUCCCGCUCCCGGUGACGAACGCCACCACCGGCCAGCAGGCGGUACAGAAUGUUUGCGAGCGAAAAAUCGUACACGGAGACAGCUGCAAUGACGACCAAAACUGCUACCAAUUCCACGUCGGACCGCACGAACAGUCGAUGGAAUGUUACAUGAACGCGUGCGUGUGUUUGACCGGCUUCGUGGAAAAGAACAACAUCUGCUACAAGGCUAAUACCGGAAUGAUCCCCGUACCAUCAACCCCACUGCUAUUUGUCGUCAUCGGUGUCCUUUUGGGCGCAUUGUCAUAAAAAAGAGAGAUCUUGCCGUUCUUGAUGUGAUAUUUGUAUUCUUUAUUUCUUUGUAUUUAUCUUCAUUUCGUAGUUUGAUUGUUGUGUUUCCUGUGGCAUAUGGAAAUAAAGAUAUGAAGACGCUUGUU